CAUGAAAGAGUAGGCUAGCGGAAAUAUCAUUUCAUGUGCGUGAAGUCCUUUUUGGUAAUUUUAUCUAACAUCAACAAACGGCCAAACGAAAAGAAAAAUUUUGCGGAGUUGCGAACAAAACGAGAAUAUCCGUAUUUCUUCCAGCACAAAACAAAUCACCGCAGCAUUGUAAACCAAGAUGGGUUUGAGGUGAAUUUCAACUCUGCUUCCGAGAAAUUCAAUCAACCAAUUUCAAUCUUAUUCGAUUUAGAUAACAAUGUCCAUAUCUUGCAUGAAAAUCGCCCUCCCCGCCCAAUAUUCUCCAUGCGUUCGUCCAGCAAAUCGUCAAAGAUACCGGGGUGUUGCUGUUGCAAGUCUGAGAGGAGAUUUUGCUACUUUGGGGGUGAGUUUUACUGAAGGCGAAGGAAGUUUACCCAAGGUUGUGCUCACUUCUCCGAGUGGCAGUGAGGCUGAUGUAUAUUUGUAUGGAGGAUGCAUUACAUCUUGGAGACUCGCUAAUGGGAAGGAUCUCCUGUUUGUUCGCCCGGAUGCUGUUUUUAACAAGAAGAAACCAAUCAGUGGAGGCAUUCCACAUUGUUUCCCACAAUUUGGACCUGGCCCUAUUCAACAGCAUGGAUUUGCAAGAAACGUGGAUUGGUCCGUCUUUGAUUCUGAAAGUGUUGAAGGCAACCCAGGUGUAACUCUUGAACUAAAGGAUGAUUCAUAUAGUCGUUCCAUGUGGGAUUUCAGUUUUCAUGCUCUAUACAAGAUUAUUUUGAGCGAAAGGAGCCUUUCCACUGAGCUAAUAAUUAAGAAUACUGACAAGAAGCCAUUUUCAUUUACUACGGCAUUGCAUACAUAUUUUAAUGCUUCUAUAAGUGGAGUAAAAGUUGGGGGAUUGAAGGGUUGUAAAACAUUGAACAAAGAUCCAGAUCCCACCAAUCCAUUGGAGGGUGUGGAAGAAAGGGACGUGGUCAGUUUUCCUGGAUUUGUUGAUUGUGUUUAUCUUGAUGCACCUGGAGAAUUGAAUCUGGAUAAUGGAUUGGGUGACAACAUACUUAUCAGCAAUACAAAUUGGUCCGAUGCAGUGUUAUGGAACCCGCAUUUGCAGAUGGAAGCAUGCUAUAGGGAUUUCGUUUGUGUUGAGAAUGCUAAGAUAAGGAAGGUCCAGCUAGAGCCUGAUCAAUCUUGGACAGCGACGCAGGAACUUAGAAUUACUUGAAACAUGAACAAAGGCUACUCUGAUAUUUGAAUCCUUUCAUUAUCACCUAUUUUAAUCUGAUUCAAGUUCUUGAAAGCCUUGAAUAAUGGGAUCCCUUUUGUAGGAUUCUGUGCUUCUCAAAAUUUCAUUGGCUACAUCCAAGUGAACAGUACAAACUAUAUCAUAAUAUAAGGUGCUUUUGUGAAAGCCUUCUUCUGAUGAAUGAAGAUUACAUUAAUUUAGACAU